CUAUAUAGUCUCAGUGUAACUAAAAUAAAUUUUUAUUGUUUGAUACAUGUAAAGGGAUAUAAAUAGAAGGUUAAAAGAAAUCAAUAAUAAGCAUAUAAUUUUAUUAAGUUGAAAAGCACAAUAAAAUGUUAACUCCUCGCUUUGAGAUAACUCAAACAGAGACAGAAGUUAUAAUAGUUAUACAUGCUCCAUACACCAACAUAAAAACCACAGAGGUAUAUGUUGAUGGAACAGACUUCAGAUUUUAUUCUACACCAUACUUUUUGAGAUUGAAAUUACCAGGUGAAAUAGAAGAAAAUGAUUCAUCCUCUGGUUCUUAUGAUUGUGAAAAGGGUUAUUUUACUUUAAAAUUAUCAAAAGUAAAUAAAGGAGAGUACUUUGAGAACUUAGAUAUGAUAACCAUAUUUUUGGAACCGCCAAAAAAACAUAAUAUAAUUGCUCCUUCCAUUGAAGUAAUUGGUAAUCCAUCUACAAGUUCAGCAGACAUAGAUGGGAAUUUACAAAAUAUUACAGAUGUUGAUAUGUCAAGUGGUGCUGACUCAGGAGAUAUUUGGUUUAUUCCUCAGAAACAGGCUGUAGAAAAUAUAACCCUUCUUACCAAUUCUCCAAAAUAUGGUUUUGCAAAUAAAAUAUCUGGAGCAUUAAGUGCAUUUGAACCAGUGUGGAUAAAGGAUAUAAUAGAUCUUCCUACUCCUGAUAUAACUCCUGAAAUAGAAAGAAAAACUUUGCGGCAAUUGCAUGAAGAUAAAGACUUCAAUGAAGAUCAUUAUUUAGCGGAUUAUUUUGAACCAGAAUGGACUGAACACAUAGCAUAUGUAGCAGAAUGGGAUACAUUACAGAAAGAUCAAAUUAUGUUUAAUGAAGUAGAAGUUGAUCUGUUGAAAGAACUUCCAAAUAAGGAAUAUUUAUUAGAAGCUGAAGAUAUUCAGAAGUUAUGUUUAAAUCUUGUGGAUAUUUUAUAUGCUAAUUGUUAUAAUCGUAGAACAACUUUAGGAGAAAAUACUGUGGAAAGUGGUUGGACAAUCAACAAACUCAGUUCUACAUUAUGUUGGUUUCAGAAUUUCACUUCUAUGGAUGAAGUUAUAAUAGCAUGUUUCCGAAGGUCGCUUUGUUAUCCUCUUUACAGAAAUUGGGAACUAUCUAUGAAAGUUUUUGAAGAUGUUAAAAAAGUUGUAAAAUUGGGAAAGAAAUACAUUAUCAAAUGCUUCUGUGAAAUACACAGCAUUUUCAAUACAUCAUAUGCGCCACGUUACAUAUUAAAUCAAUUAUACAUCAAGGAUUUUUUAAUAUGGUUACAAAAGUGUCCUGAUUCUUUAAUAGAAUCACUACAAACUAUUUUGGAUAACGUUUAUCCUGACAAGGUAAAUAUGGAAUUCGGUUUAGUGAAAUUAGAAGCAGAAGGUCAUACUGUUCACAAAGAACUUAUUAUAGCAAAUACUAUUUAUGAGGCCACUGAACAAAUAAAUGCAUUGGCUCUUGAAGACGAAGAGGAAGAAAAGCCAAAGAAUAUGUACCAUGUUAAACAAAAACAGUUUUUUAAACAUUUAUCCAGGUUAUCUUCAAGCAGUUCAAGUUCAACAGACAGUACUGAUACAGAUUACGAAACAGAUUCUGGAAACUACCUAACAAGAACUACCACGUCAAGCAGUGAUUCUACCAGCAGUGUUAGUGAUCUUGACUCUGAUGACUUCAGUAAUCCUAAAAGUGACUCCGAAAAUGGUGUCUUAAAUGAGCAUUAAUUAAUGGUAAUUAAUUUAUGGUUAACAUUUUAUUUAUUUGUAAAAUAUUCUGCAUAAUUAACAUUGAAUUUUCUCCAAAGGUAUAAUUUUUUAGUCUUGAAUCAGUCAUAUCAUAUAUUUAAUCAGUCUUAUCAUAUAUUUAAAUUU